AUGGCUUUUAAUGACUCAUCUAUCUCGACACCCCAACUAGAAAUCUCUCCUAAGCAUAGCUCAUCAAGUGUUGGAAAUUCUGAGCAAGUAAUUUAUUCGAGCGAACCAGUGUCAAAAAAGACUAGCAGAAAAAAGAAGGACAAUUCUAGUGCGGAAUUAUCUAAAGGUGGAAAUUUAUCGGAAUCGAAAACCGUACAUCAUUCUAUCUUAAAUAAUCAGUCUACCUUAUCAGUGCCAGAAAAUGAAGCGCAAGCCAGAAUGUCACAAUUGCGAAGGGGCGUGGAUAUAAAUUAG